CAUCUCUUCCUGGUCCUCCACAGGGAAUCAGCAGUCUCUUCAGCUCGCUCAAAGUCGUCCGUCUGCUGCGUUUGGGUCGGGUCGCCAGGAAGCUGGACCACUACAUCGAGUACGGCGCCGCUGUUCUAGUUUUGCUGGUGUGCGUGUUCGGGCUGGCGGCCCAUUGGCUGGCCUGUAUCUGGUACAGCAUCGGAGACUACGAGGUCAUCGACGAGGACGCCAACACGGUGAGAAUGGACAGCUGGCUGUACCUGCUGGGAGAGACAGUCGGGACGCCCUACAGAUUCAAUGCCUCGGGAUCGGGCCGCUGGGAGGGCGGGCCCAGCAAAGACUCGGUCUACAUCACCUCGCUGUACUUCACCAUGACCAGCCUGACCAGCAUCGGCUUCGGAAACAUCGCGCCAAACACGGACGGAGAGAAGAUCUUCGCCGUGGCCAUGAUGAUGAUCGGAUCGCUGCUGUACGCCACCAUCUUCUGUGAGAGACUUCUCAAACUCUACCAAGUCCCCAAAGGUCUGAGCGAGCGAGUGAUGGAUUACAUUGUGUCCACCUGGUCCAUGUCCAGAGGCAUCGACACCGACAAGGUCCUGCAGAUCUGUCCCAAGGACAUGCGAGCGGACAUCUGCGUCCACCUCAACAGGAAGGUGUUUAAGGAACACCCGGGUUUGGCUGGCGAGCGACGGCUGCCUGCAGCCCUCGCCAUGGAGUUCCAGACCGUCCACAGCGCGCGGGCGACCUCAUCUUCCACGCCGGAGAGCGUGAACAGCCUCUGUUUCGUGGUGUCGGGGUCACUGGAGGUCAUCCAGGACGACGAGGUGGUGGCCAUUUUGGGAAUCAGCAGUCUCUUCAGCUCGCUCAAAGUCGUCCGUCUGCUGCGUUUGGGUCGGGUCGCCAGGAAGCUGGACCACUACAUCGAGUACGGCGCCGCUGUUCUAGUUUUGCUGGUGUGCGUGUUCGGGCUGGCGGCCCAUUGGCUGGCCUGUAUCUGGUACAGCAUCGGAGACUACGAGGUCAUCGACGGGGACGCCAACACGAGACAGUCGGGACGCCUACAGAUUCAAUGCCUCGGGAUCGGGCCGCUGGGAGGCGGGCCCAGCAAAGACUCGGUCUACAUCACCUCGCUGUACUUCACCAUGACCAGCCUGACCAGCAUCGGCUUCGGAAACAUCGCGCCAAACACGGACGGAGAGAAGAUCUUCGCCGUGGCCAUGAUGAUGAUCGGAUCGCUGCUGUACGCCACCAUCUUCGGUAACGUCACCACCAUCUUCCAGCAGAUGUACGCCAACACAAACCGCUACCAUGAGAUGCUCAACAGUGUGAGAGACUUCCUCAAACUCUACCAAGUCCCCAAAGGUCUGAGCGAGCGAGUGAUGGAUUACAUUGUGUCCACCUGGUCCAUGUCCAGAGGCAUCGACACCGACAAGGUCCUGCAGAUCUGUCCCAAGGACAUGCGAGCGGACAUCUGCGUCCACCUCAACAGGAAGGUGUUUAAGGAACACCCGGGGUUUCGGCUGGCGAGCGACGGCUGCCUGCGAGCCCUCGCCAUGGAGUUCCAGACCGUCCACAGCGCGCCGGGCGACCUCAUCUUCCACGCCGGAGAGAGCGUGGACAGCCUCUGUUUCGUGGUGUCGGGGUCACUGGAGGUCAUCCAGGACGACGAGGUGGUGGCCAUUUUGGGUGAGUAA